AAAAAAAAAGCAUGUCAAAGCAUGUUCAGAGAAAAGAUUAAGCAUAAGGAGAUUGUUAUUUAUUGCAACAAAUUAAAUCAUAGCUGGUUAGAAGUGUUUAAAAGCUUUCACUAUCAAAGGAAGGGGAAAUGUCUGUGAAACCAAGCAAAGAGAAAACUAAUGAACAGAAAGGGCCUGCAGUUUUAAAUAUAUCAUACAUAUUUCCUAACGGGGACAGAUACGAUGGUGAGUGCCAGAAAUCUUCAAAUGGUGUCAUAAUGAGAAGUGGUUCAGGCAUACAUACAACUCCAAAUGGAAUAAUUUACAAAGGACAAUGGUAUAAUGAUAAGAUGAAUGGGAGUGGAAGACUGGAACAUCCCUCUGGGGCUGUUUAUGAAGGGGAGUUCAAAGACAACAUGUUCCAUGGAAGAGGGAUGUACAUUUUUCAGAAUGGAACAAAAUAUGUUGGAGAGUUUAAUGAGAACAAGUUAGAAGGUGAAGGGGAAUUUACAGACAUAAGAGGACUUCAGUGGACAGGUAACUUCCAUUAUAAAGCAGCACCUGGCCUGAAGCUAAAACUGGACAUAUGAUUGAACUGCACUUUGAUAAAUAAAUUGUUUUUGUCACAAUUCAAUAUUUAAACCAUUUGAACAAAAGUAACUGUUCCAAAACAAUGUCCCUCAAUACAAAAAGAAGACAGAUAGCAGAAAUGUGUUUUUUUUUUUUUUUUUUUUUUUUCAUUUUUGUCGUUUGGUUUCUUAUAGCUAAAUAUUCUAGCUAACCUAAAACUACAUUUUUGGAAAUUCUUGAUGAUUUAGUCAUUAUAGUAUCUUACAGAGAAAUUAUUUUAAUAUUAUACAGAAUAUUGUAUAAGAAAACUAGCAAAAGGUUUACUAGCCUGCCAUGUUAAGUGGUGUAAUCUUGUCUAUGUGUUCUCUUUAAUGUUCUUAUUUUAUACUGUGUAACACAGAUUGAAAGGCUGCCUGUAAACUUAAAUACACAAAUGUAUCUUGAGCUUGGUGGAUACACAUCUUAACUACUCUGUUUACCUGAACUGUUUAUAUAUGUGUUUUCAUUGACAAAUACCUUUAAAUGUUUCAAUACCAUGCAUCAUUGUAGACUAGCCUAGAACAUGGACAUUUAAAAGGGGACAAAGACUAGACACAUAUAAAUACAAAACUUUCUGACAUGAAAUAUCAAUAAAUUAUUGCCUUUGCUAAACACCCUUUGAAUAAAACAGUAGUUUUGUUCAAAUUUUUUUUUUUGUGAGCACAUAUCAAGAACUAUCCACAAACUGGUAAUUCUCACUGGCAAUUGGAUUGUUAUGUUUUACGCCUUUUUUUGGAAAAACGAUGUGAUAAUUUUGAGAACAGUUUGUUUGCUAAUAAAUUAAUGAUAAACUGA